GUUCUUGUAUAUCCUCCAUCGGGUACGGGUGCUGUUAACAUCACCAGGGGUGACCUCAAACGGUUGGACAACGGACAAUACCUCAAUGACACUCUCAUCGAGUUCGGGCUGAAGGUCUGGCUGCACGAGCUGCAACAGGUUCAACCCGAGCUCGCAGAGCAAGUGCACGUUUUCAACUCUUUCUUCUUCAAGAAGCUCAACGGCAAGAAAGAGUGCGUGGUUCUUAUACUAUUGCAUAACCUUAGCUGA